GCGUAGGAGACGCUGCCUUGACGCGCAUUAACCACAUCCAGACGGUUGUACAUUUAGUGAGGGAAAUAAGGAAUGUGUGCUGCUCGCUAACAGCUCGCAGUUAUUGCCAGCGGGUGUAACUGCGGGGAAAGACGCGCAGUCCCCGGCUGCCGGACGACGGAACUGGCCUCGGAUUUGAAAGACUUCAAGCCGACAGGUCACACCGGGGGGUGUUUGUUGUCUACUGUCCGGGGGCCAUGUCCUCGUCCGAACAGCCUUAGCGGAGUUUGAGGAUGGCCGCAGACGUGGAUAAAGGAACACCCGCGGAGGAAAGCCAGAUUUCUGCGCACAAUGGACAUCGGAGCCCGGGAUCGGGACCGGGAUCGGGAUCUUGGAUGUCCAGGGGGAUCUGGACCCUGUUGAUGCUCGGUGCCGUUCCCCUCCUCGCCGUUGGGAUCAAGUAUUACCAAGAUGCGCUGUUCCUCAAACGCCAUGAAGACAGCGUUCGAACCCUGGGCGCCGAGGGGCUGUUUCUCUUCUCCUCCCUGGACACAGACCAUGAUCUCUUUCUCAGUCCAGAGGAGUUUAAACCCAUCGCAGAGAAGCUCACAGGGAUUACACCUCCAGCUGAUAUGGAGGAGGAAGUGGCCCUUGACCCCGACGGGGAGACACUGACCUUGGAGGCCAAAAUGCAGCCGCUGCUGCUUGAGUCUAUGACUAAGAGCAAGGAUGGGUUCCUCGGGGUGUCUCACAGCUCUCUGAGCGGGCUGCGGUCGUGGAGGAACCCAGCGGUGCCUUCUUCAUCCUUCUCCGCCAGUCAGUUUAGAGUCUUCCUGCCCCCGAAGAACAAGGUGGAGGUGGGGGACACGUGGUGGGUUAUUCCCAGCGAGCUGAACAUCUUCACUGGGUACCUGCCUAACAACCGAUACCACCCCCCCACACCCAAAGGCAAAGAGGUUCUCAUCCACUCCUUGUUGAGCAUGUUCCACCCUCGGCCCUUCAUCAAGUCGCGUUUCGCUCCUCAGGGCACAGUCGCCUGCAUUCAAGCUAGCAAUGAUUUUUACUAUGACAUUGCCUUCAGGAUUCAUGCCGAGUUCCAGCUCAAUGACGUUCCAGACUUCCCCUUCUGGUUCACCCCGGGCCAGUUCGCCGGGAACAUCGUCAUCUCCCGAGAUGCGUCUCACGUGCGCCACUUCCACCUCUACGUACCCAGCGACCGGUCUCUGAACGUAGACAUGGAGUGGUUGUACGGGGCCAGCGAGAGCAGCAACAUGGAGGUGGACAUUGGAUUUCUGCCGCAGAUGGAGCUGCAGUCCGCGGGCCCGUCCACGCCCUCCGUCAUCGUGGACGAGAAGGGCAACGUCAUCGACCGCCGGGACGGCAGCACCGAGCCGAUCCAGUUUGUCUUUGAGGAAAUCCACUGGGCCUCAGAGAUCAGUCAGCGCGAAGCCGCUCGGCGCAUGGAGGUGACCCUCUACCCCUUCAAGAAGGUGUCUUACUUGCCUUUUUCAGACGCCUUUGAAAGAGCAAAAGCAGAGAAAAAGCUCGUUCACUCUAUCCUGCUCUGGGGAGCAUUGGACGACCAGUCCUGCUGAGGUUCGGGGCGAACUCUCCGGGAGACCGUCCUGGAAAGUUCGCCCGUCCUGGCCCUGCUCAACCAGAGCUUCAUCAGCAGCUGGUCUCUGGUCAAAGAGCUGGAGAACAUGCAGGCCGAUGAGCAGAACCCUUUGUUGAGUGAAAAGGCUCGCUUGCACCUGGAGAAGUACAGCUUCCCUGUGGAGAUGAUGGUGGCGCUGCCUAAUGGAACCAUUGUCCACCACAUCAAUGCCAACUUCUUCUUGGACCAGACAGCCAUGAAGCCGGAGGAGGACGGAGCAGCGUUCAGCUUCUCCGGGGGGUUUGAGGACCCCUCCACGUCCACGUAUAUCAGCUUCCUGAAGGAGGGCAUGGAGAAAGCCAAGGAAUACUUGGCACAGUAAUGUGUGCGUGGCUGAGACCGGGAGACGGAACAGGAGGAAACGAUGCUCAUUCCUCUGGGCAAUUAUCUGGAGAAAGAAAAACAACUUCCAGCAAUUAGAGAAGCCUCCUCCUCUGAGAAAUGUUGUUCUCGAGACCUUGCACUGAGUAUAAGCACAUAAGACGAACCCCAUGUGCAUCACGACUCGUUGUGUUACGUGUGCAAUAUGUAAUGAGCGAGAGGGUUUUUCCCGCGGCUGCGUGGACCCAGAGACGCCGCCGGUGCAGCUGUCGCCUCCAGUUUGCCUCAGCGUUUUAUGAAGGCUUUGCCUGAAAGCUUAGUCAGGGCUGGGUAAUGCCUGAUGUUCCUGCUGAGGCUGCUGGAGGGAACACCCAGCUUUGACUCGGGGGACACGAGCAGCAGGGAAAAAACCUCAACUGGGCUGUGGCACAUAACACGAUAGGUUCAGUUACUUUUUGUACUUUCAGCCGAAACAAAUUGUUUAGAUUUUUUGCCGAUUUCUGGUUUUUAGGAGUAUGUCAUCACACCAAAGACGAUUGUUUCGUGUGCAGUAGCUGGCAUCAGGCAGCAGCAGCUGUAGAGUAUGUUAUACCGUGUCCUGUUAUCCUCCUUUAGGCACCAAUCAAAACCAUUUUUACUCAUGAAUAUUACUCAGUAAAAUAGAAAAUCUGGGUUUACCUUUUUCCACUUUGUCUAAUAUUCUAGUUGAUUCAUAUAUAAAGAUUCUAAUGUCUGUCAUAGCCAUGAGAAAUAUGGCCUAUAUAAUAAUUACAUGUGAUUGAUUGGAGCCAUUAGGGGGACAUCAGUUUUAUCUAAUGUACCAGUGCCAUAUUCCAGUAGGUGAAAUAAAACAGUCUUUGUACAAAGUGA